AUGGCAGCAGAACUCGAACCGAUAAAGCUCAAUCCGGAGAGCCACUUGAUCCUGGAUCAACCUCUCCUACGUCUUCCACAUGAACUGGCUCGUCGCAACUUUAAGACCGUACAACGCAUCGUGGAGAGAGAAAAAGAAUACGUCAUUCCGGCCUUGAAAGAAUCAGCAAAUGCCUCGCUCUCCGGGAACCAAGAUCCUACCCAAGCACUCGCCUCUCUAGAUACGAUGAUAACACGGAUGCAGGGAUUGAAGCGGAAGAUGGAGGCACUGCAGGAGGAGGAGAAGAGUAUCCUUUCUCAGUCCAGAAAGAGAAUCGAGCAUCUGGAGGACCUCUUCGGCAUACAUAGCUUGGUGGAUGUGAAAUAUGACAGAUGGUCUAGGAUAAGAUUGAACAGGCUGCUGGUCGACCAUAUGCUACGCUCAGGAUACCUUGAAAGCGCAAAGCAGCUUGCACAUGAGGAGGGCAUCGAAGAUUUGGUGGAUGUGAACGUCUUCUCUCAAUGCCAGAGAAUAGCGGAGAGUCUUCGAAGAGGGGAGAGCAAAGAAGCUCUUCAAUGGUGCGGAGAGAACAAAGUCGCGCUGAAAAAGCUACAUAACAAACUAGAGUUCGAACUGCGGAUGCAGCAGUAUAUUGAAAUGUUACGCGCUGGCGAGAGAAUAGAAGCUAGACAGCAUGCCAAAAAAUACCUCACGCCACACAGCGAGACAUACAAAUCAGAUAUACUUCGUGCUGCGGGAUUGAUGGUCUUCCCUCCUGAUACUGAUGCAGAACCAUACAAGUCUAUAUACUCAUUCGAACGAUGGCAAACUCUUUCCAGCCUCUUCAUAAAAACCCACCAUGACCUCCUCUCCCUAACGUCCCAUCCAUUGCUACAGAUUGCUCUCUCUGCUGGCCUUUCAGCUCUGAAGACACCGGCAUGUCACUCUGAAUAUACAACUUCCGCCUCCAGCGCGACGUACUCUGCAGGACCCUCUAUAUGCCCUAUAUGCUCUACUGAGCUUAAUGAGCUCGCACGUCCUAUGCCUUAUGCUCACCAUACGAAGAGUUCUGUAGAGAAUGACCCGGUUGUUUUGCCAAAUGGCCGACUGUAUGGUAGAGAGAGCCUUUGCUAUAUGUCAACUAGGGCGGGUGUUGAUGCUGGCAAAGUCAGAGACCCCAUUACAUCAGAGUUGUUCGAUGUAUCUGAAUUGAAGAAGGUGUUCAUUUCAUAG